UCUUGAUGCAAGCAGAUUUAUCAGCCUCCUCAGUCGAGAAAAAACAUCAUUCCAAGAGACAGGGAACUAGGGCAUUUAAAGAAGAAUGUCAAUCGCUGUGAAAAUAAAGUGUUAUAUAUUCACGUCUGCAUCGACCUCUAUCUCCUGUUGAGAUGCAUGAGGAAAAUUAAGUGGAUUUUAGCUCAUGGAGGACAAGGGACGCCCCCGUUGUUCCUGGAGGCUUCUUUGCCAGCGCUCUACUGUAACAAGCACGUCCGCUUCUGUUCCUUUAACUCGGCUGACCUUUUUACUUUAAGCUCCAGGAGUUGGAUUCUGACUUCCAACAGUUAAUAGCCCUGUGAAAACUGAUUCACACUCUAAACGUUCUGAUGAGUUGCUUAGGACUUUAGAAACCAAGGGAGGGGGGAUUGGGAAAUAAAAGAAUCAAAGAGAACUUAAUGUUGAAAACCUACAAGAGGGGGAGUUGGGCCAGACCUUUCCUUUCCCGUUUACCCCCUCCCCUCCCUGGCCCUGCCUCCCCCCCACCCCCAACCAAGACACAAUGAACAGCACGUGCCUCCAGGAGCCCCACGACGUGGACCACUACCUGUUCCCGGUGGUCUACAUCUUCGUGAUCGUCGUCAGCGUCCCCGCCAAUAUCGGGUCUCUGUGCGUGUCCUUCCUGCAAGCGCGGAAGGAGAACGAGCUGGGCAUUUACCUCUUCAGCUUGUCCCUGUCCGACCUGCUCUACACGUCCACGCUGCCCGUGUGGGUCCACUACACCUGGAACGAGGACAACUGGACCUUCUCCCCGGGCCUGUGCAAGGGCAGCGCCUUCCUCAUGUACCUGAACUUCUACAGCAGCACCGCCUUCCUCACCUGCAUCGCCCUGGACCGCUACCUGGCGGUGGUGCACCCGCUGAGGUUCUCCUUCCUGAGGACCAGGAGGUUCGCCCUGGCCGCCAGCCUGUGCGUGUGGACGCUGGAGUCCCUCUUCAACGCCGUCAUCCUGUGGCAAGACGAAACGGCCGUGGAGUACUGCAAUGCCACCAGGGCCAACUUCACCUUGUGCUACGACAAGUACCCGCUGGAGACGUGGCAGAUCCACCUCAACCUGUUCAGGACGUGCGCAGGGUACGUGGUGCCCCUGGGCACCAUCAUGGUCUGCAACCAGAAAGUCUACCAGGCUGUGAGGCAGAACCAGGCCACGGAGAGCGGCGAGAAGGCCAGGAUCGUCCGGCUGCUGGUCAGCGUCACGCUGACCUUCGUGCUGUGCUUCACGCCCUUCCACGUCAUGGUGCUGGUCCGCUGCGCGCUGGAGCGCCGAGCCGCCGCGCACCGCCCCGGGGCCGCCGCGCACACGUACACCGUGUACCGAGUCGCCGUGGCCCUGACCAGCCUCAACUGUGUGGCCGACCCCAUUCUGUACUGCUUCGUCACCGAGACCGGGAGGUCUGACCUGUGGACCGUGGUAAGACUGUGCGCGGGGAGACACACCACGUCCCGCGGGCACAAGAAGCACGCGGCGUCCGUGUCUACGAGAGAUACCGUGGAACUGGAGAUGCUGGAAUAGGACGGUUUGGACGGAGGGAGGUGAAGGUAUACGGUAUUGUAAAAUCGGAACGACGGGUUGAACAGGAAGCAUUGCAUGUGCGGGCACACUUUAAUCUUGCACAGUGGGGGUGUUUGAGAAGUACUUUGUGCAACACUCAAUCUCAUUAAAUAAGAUACGCUAAACAAUA